ACUGCUCAGUUAUCAAAGUAAAAGAUAGCACUAAAUCAACUGUACAGCACUAUGAAAUACAAAUCGGCAGAUAUGACUACCCCAACACCGUUUCUCUUUUGGUAGCCAGUACACACAUUCAUCUCUUUCCAGAAUUCUGGAACACAAGAUUCGUUUCUUCAUCUGUUUAUGUUUCUUCAUCUGUUUAUAUGGUAUGCACUUUGCAUGGUCAGUUUUAAGGUUCAUAUGAUAUGCAGGUUCGAUGGUCUUAUCCAUUUCUGCCUGCUGCAGCGAUGGUGAUAUCGUCGAGCUCAAGGUUUCUCGGCAGCGCGGGGGGCUUCGAGGAAUGCGCCAAGUUCUGCUACAACACCAUCAUCACGCACAACCUCGUCCUGCUCCAGUGGCCAGGGGAGGUGCCGGCGGCGGGGCUUGGCUCACACCACCACCCGACGACGCGAGCGACUGCCUCCCACCUCACGGCGCGAGCCACGCGGCCCCGUUCGUCCGGUCUUGGAUGUGCUGCCGCCGGUGCGCGGUGGCAGUCCAUGGGCGGGCCUCAGACCCUCAGAUCGAAUGGGUGGGAUGGAGCAGGAGAGGGUCGCGUGCGGUGGAGGUGCUGGCCGCUGGGUCGCCCUGGCUCCUUCGUUCCCCACCGGCAAUCUGUAUCGCUUGUACUAAUUUUUGGAGAAUCUGGUCGGCGCGUUGUAGGAGGUACGGUGGAGGCGGUGAUGUUCAGAAUGGGCGGCUCAGUGGCUCACCGGCAGCUGCUGCAGACUGAGUGGCUCGUCGGCAGCUGCUGCAGGCCGAGUGGCUCGCCGUCGCGUUGUGGCUGGACUCAUAUUGUGCGUCCCUAUUCCGGCGGAUGCGAUGUCCAAUUACGGCGUGACUGGGUCACUGAAUCCCAGUCCAUUGCGAGCGCCCUCUGGUCCACCUUCCAUCCAAGGUUGCUGCCAAACAUCAAAAUUUGGGAAGGAUUCCAAAAAUUAUGCUAAGACCACAACGGAACUUGAAAUUUUAAUGACGCUAUGGUGUCAAGUCAUGGCUUCGGCCUGCUGCUCCUGCACCCUGUUGUCCUCCACUGGCUCUAUUUAUUCUAUUUUUUCAAUGACAGAGAAGAGCAAUUUCAAGGCUAUACUUUGAUUUCGUAGUAUUAAAAUGAAUACU